GAAUAAUGUUGAAUGGUCUCCAUGGAUAUUUAUUGGAAUAUGUUCGAUAAGAGAUAAAUCAGCAUAUGGAGAUGUUAGAUAUCAUAAAUUACGUUCAGCUUGUGGUUGGUCAACAAAUGGAGAUAUUUGGAUAAAUGGAAUAGGAAAAAGAAUUCAAUGGUCAGGAAUUCCAAUUGAAAAUGAUAUUAUUCAAUUAACUAUUGAUUGUGAUAAAAAAACUUUAAUUUUAUUUAAUGAAAGAACACAUGAAAAAACAAAACAUAUUCAAAUUGAUUUUCAAGAUAAAACAUUAUUUCCUUGGUGUUUUUAUCUUGUUUUUGCUAAUCAAGGAUAUAGAGUUCGUUUAUUAUAA